AUGGCACGCGCCCGGGGGAUUCAUCCGGUAUCUUGGACCAACCAGGACAGAAUUCAAAAAGCAACUGGCCUAAUUCUUGAACACGGUAUUCACGAUACCAGCAUUGGGGUUAACAAGCAGGGGCAGUUUGCAGCGUAUCUGCGGGGAACGUGGGGGCUCACUGUCCUUCCGAAGCGUAGACAUAUCGUCAACGAGCAGCUUCAGCUGCAGGUCCGAAUCUGCCCCUAUAUCAGGGUCUCGUCAGAUGUCAACUUUAUCAUGGAAAUCAAAGGAAUCGAAAUCAGUUCCACGGUUCUGUCAAUAUUCUGUGGCCCUCAUAUAUCAACUAGCGGAGAAUCUACCACCGGGGACCAGAAUGACGACUGCUCCAGAAUUUCAAGAACCCAGCCCGUGUGUGAACUUGGAGUCGAAAAGCCUCACGGAAUCAGUCGAAACGGCCUUCAAGCACAGCACUUAGCCUGUUCCGAGCUAGGUGUUUUGCAUUGUUAUUGCUUAAGUUUAUAUCCUGAAGCGUCUAGCAUCCGAAUCUUGAUUCAAAAGGAGGCGAGCAUUCACGCCGCUAUAAGAACUUAUAACAGCUCUGAAGGAAUCCUUGGCGCUUGGUUCGUAAUCCAGCAAGACGACGAAGUCAAGUCAACCAGUCAGGCCAUCUCCUCUUCUCAAACCACACUCUCUAGCACGACUAUUUAUAUUUUUCUCCUCGAGCGUCUGGUGGCAAAUCGAGCAUUCAGAGAUUCUCAGUUCCGCGGGGUAGGAUUUGAGUCCCCGGGAUAUUUUGAAAUGUCAAAUUAG